GCUUGGAGUUGCUCUGGGGUCGGCGCGGAGCAGCCGAGCUGAAUCUAGGGGGGGGGGGGUAGGAGGUGAGUGACGGACGGCCAGCUGGGUGAGGGUGAGAGUGCAUUUGCCGCUCCGUGUUAAUGUGAGUGCAGGGCUUCUCAGCCGGGGCUGGGCUGGAGCAGGCCCGGAGCCAGGGCAGCGCCUGGGAAUGCGAUGCCGUGCCGGCAGACGGUGCGCCGGUCUGCGCUCCGCAGGAUAUGUGCCCGUGAUGCUGCUGCAAGUACAUUUUUCAUUGCAUCUGUGCAUACAUGUACUUGUGCACAUGACAAUAAACUCUACUUUGAGGGAAUAGAGUAAAGGAGACUUGAUAAACAACAUGCUUACCACUGUCUGGGAGGACAUAGUGCCAUAGUUUUGAGUGAAAGCUCGUGUGAAUUCAUAAAUCUGGUCAGAUGCUUUACUGUCCAGGUGGGAGAUGGCGUUCACUGUAGACCUGUUUUGGCGGUAGGCGAAUUGCAGUGGGUCGAGGUUUUCCAGGAGGCUGGAAUUAAUGUGUGCCAUGACCAGCCUCUCGAAGCACUUCAUGAUAGUGGAUGUCAGAGCCACCGGUCGGUAGUCAUUAAGGAUGAUGGUGGUAGUGCAGGUAUACAGACUUUGUGGAGUUGAUGCGGAUUGUUGUGCAACUGAUCUGAUUCACAGCUGAUUGCACCUGUGUAUAGACACAGUUGCCAUGGAAACUGGCAGCAGUGAAGAGACAGCUGGAACAAAGGCUUUGUCUCCUGGCCGUGGGGAACUUGCCAGAGGGAGCCAGACCCAGGGAGCAGCUGUGCUCGCACCAUACGACUGUACUGAUGCCACUGAUACUGAACAGUCUUCUGGGAAGCUUAAGAAAACCGCAUUUAAACUGUUUGGAGGAAGGAAGAGCAUCUGCACACUACCUAGCUUUUUCACUAUUAAGAACAAAGGACAAGUAAAAGGAUUCUCCAAAAAGGGAAUCACUAAAAGCAAAACUCUCAAUGGCAUAAGUGAAGUGGCUUUGAACAUUAACCAAAAAGAAGGACUUGAUACUGUAUGGGGUGGAUACAGUGAUUCUUCUAGUUGGAGCUCUGCGGCAUCAAGAACCUUGCGUGGCUCUAAAAGUGAGCACUCAGCACUUGAUAACAGUGUCAAUUCUGAUUUCCAUAAAAGUGAAUCUCUAGAGUCGGAGAACUCUGAAUGUUUUGUUCACAAACGAAGCACGGACAAGCCCUCAAGUGAGAGGAGGUCGAAGAAGGGCCUGAGGGGUCUCUUCAAUAGCAUCAGACGUCACAAAAAGAACAAAGCUGUUGAUUCUGUGAAAGAUCCACAGGACAGUAACAGUGCUGCUGCUGCUGAUGUUUUUGCACAUACAGAACAACCGACAGCAGGAGAACAAGGAGUGGGGGUUGAACUUAAGAAGGGUUUGGUGGAGCUGGAGCUAAACCUAAAGCCUUCAUGUAAAAUGAACUAUAGAGGAGCAAGUGACUCGGCAGAUAAAACUGGAACUGCAAAUAGUACAGGCUCUUCCUCUGAAUCAAGUGCUUUCAAAAUCGAGAAUACCACGAGAAAUCAGAGGAGUGAGUUUGAGACAUCAGGUGCAGAGGUAAGGAAAGUCAGUGUAGGUGAAAUUAAGUCAUUAAAUAGGAAGCCUGGUGGUGCUAUUUCUAAUCUGAACUCCAGUUUUGGUAGCAUGCCUGAUAUUGUAAAACCUAACUGCAUGGAUCAUGACCCACCAUCUGUGCAUUCUUUUGAUCAAGUCAGCUUGAUUUUUGGUGAUGUGACUUCACUGAAGAGCUUUGAUUCUCUAACAGGCUGCGGGGACAUUAUCGCUGACCACGAUGAUGAUAGUAUUGCUGAAAGUACAGUAUCGGGUGAGAGGAGUAGAACAGCUGGGAAACGGAGCUCGUGUUUGGUCACUUAUCAGGGUGGUGGGGAAGAAAUGGCAACUCCAGAUGAAGUUGAAGAUGAAUAUCUUAAAGCGCUAUGGGAGAAAGCAACAGGGACAGCUACAGUGUUUGAUAGCAGCCAGAAUAUAGCAGAAGAUGGUGGUGAGUGUUUGAGGUCACCCAGUGAUGCGGAGCAUUCUGCCUUGCACAUUAACUUGUCGGAUCCUUGUGCUUUGCAAGGGAUCACUGAUAGUGCAAUCAAUAGUAGUGAACUGGUGACGCCACAGAGUGACCAUCAGGAAUCGGCUCCGAAUAGUGACGAAGGUUAUUACGACUCUACCACCCCAGGACAUGAGGAGGAAGGGGGAGACAGUAUUAGUGAAAGCAAAAACGGAAGACUUCCAAGGGAUAGCUAUAGUGGAGAUGCCUUGUAUGAACUCUUUGAGCAGAAUGAUAGUCUUAUAAAUUCUCCACCAAGUGAUGAGCAAUCUUUAGAAACAAAGCCACCUUCAUUGGGUGCCUCACUUACCUCCAUUUUAAGCUUUUCAUUGCCAGUGGAUACAAAUGUUCCUUGUAUUCCAAGUAAACAAAGCAUUAUGAUUGCUUCAGAGCAAGAGAAAUUUAAUUUUAUUCAGGAAGAUGAGAUCAGAUUAGCCCACCUACAGCAACAGCUAACUUGUUGGGAGUCAAAUGGGAAAAUGACGUUCAUAAAAGACUUAUCUGUUAGAGAAAAGGAAAAGUUCUCUGGUGAUCUACUUGAGACUGAAUUUAGUAAAAUUGGCACAGAUGCUCUCGGUGUUAUUGCCAAAAAUCAGCAAGCUGCUGUGAGCACAGAACCACUCGUUUCAAGUAGUAUGAACAAAAAUGGAAAGGUGAAAGCUGAGUACAUGUCAGAGGCAGCUGAUGGGCAGAAUUGGACAAAAAUCCAAAGAUUAUGUCCAAAAGAAACUGAUAAUAAAUACAUGAUAUGUAAGCGGAGUAUGUGUGAGAACUACAGCAUAACAAAACUUCACAAUAAUAUGUCAGAAGUAAGUUUCACACAAGAAUACAAGAAUGAAGACUCUGGUAAAUGGGGACAACAAAUAAAAAAUGGUGAGAAUCAUAGUAUGAAGAAACUAGUUCAGAACAGUGCAGGAGCCAAUGGAGUAGUCGAUGACUUAAGUGGGAGCUCCUCUGACUGUAGAGAAGUGGGAGUAACCGAAGAGAAAUUCGAACAAGCUAUCAACUACUCACAGGCUUUGGUUGAAUUCACAGCUAACAGAAAACUUUAUCCCAAUCUUUCUGAAAGCCUUGGGAAUUCUGAAUCAGGGUCUCAGCUCACACAGGAUAUACAUGCUCUGCCAGCCAUGGUAACUUUUGAUGUCGUUGACGUUGAGAAUGAGGAAGAAUGUGACCAGCAGAGUGAAAUGGUCAUGGACGAAGAAAUCUCUGCAUCUUAUGAGGCCUUUGAUAACAGUUACUUAGAGAAAGAUCCUUAUCAUUGUGACAACAGAAUGUUUCCAAGUUGUGCCCAGAAUUCUUCCCCUGGCACUUGCUGGGGGGCUGCCAGUCUUCCUCGGCACAGUAGUCUUUAUAAACUAAGUCCUUCUCUGCCUGCUCCAUUAUCACUUAGCAGAAGGAGCAGGUCCCUUGACACUGACAGCUUGGAAUCUGAACUCACUGAUUUGUAUCUGUCAAAGGUCACUGCAGCAUCGAAGAGCACCCCACAGUCUCCUGAUGUUCCUCCGUAUGAAUGGGAUGGCAGGAAAGGAUCUGCUUGUCAUUGGUUUGGCAAAAGAAGUGGUCAAAUGGUUUCUUUGGAAACCCCAGCGAUUGCACAUGAUUUGCAUUGCUCGGGGCAGCAGUUCGCCAAAUAUAGGGAAGAUCCUGGGUCUUUGGAUAAGAGAAACACAGGGUUUAAUUCCUUCUGCCCUUCAGAGACGGACAUGAGUAAACUACACACUAAUCAGACUGGAGGUUUGAGUUUACAUUGUAAAUCUAAUUCAGUUAAACAGGCAGCUCAAAACCAGUCUACUUGUAAACAGAAUCUGGAACCUAUAAUUAAGAAUAAGAUGCCUCACAAUUCAAGAAAAUUGGUUAGACCCACUCAUCUACCAUUGCAAAAUGAUGAUUUUGUGUUGCAGACUGGUUCUUGUAGUUCUUCAAGGGAAAUCACUACUGGCAAAGGGGCAUGUGUUUCCUUAAAGGAAAGGGGAGAGGAGGAGUUCUGUAAAAUUGCAUCCUUGAGUAGGUAUUCUGAUUCUGAAUCUGAACUUGCUGGGAAAGGAUGUGGGGCUGGAGAGAUCCCUCGGGUACUGUCUCCCUUCCACUCAAAUAAGAUGAAGUCUGAAGCACAGCCUGGAUCCUAUUGGACAUUAUACAGCUGCCAAUAAUAUUAUGUUUCAAGGAAAAAGUGUCCUUGUUGUGGAACUUUCUGGAGGGAGGGUGGAGUAGAAACACUACACAGGGGUGUGUAAUCUUUCAAUGUACUGUGUGGAGGGAAGAUGGCUGGAGAAAGAGUAAUGCUGCCUGGUUUUUGUUAUAAUACUAAUUUGUAAAUUCAUGUUUUGUUUUGUAUUCACCAAAGGCUUUGGAUAAUUUUUUUAGUAGGUAUUAGUGAAGCAGUAAUUGUAGCAUUUUUAGAAUGUGAAUUGCAUGAUUUUUGUUUUGUUUAAAACAUUUCAUGUGGUAAAGUGAUUUAUAUUAAGAGCAUUCCGUUACUUUGGUGUAAAAUGCUGCUGUAAUAAUGCCCAAGUAUGGGAAUGGCUUUUAUUGCUGAAAAUUAACCAAACAUGACUGUUAUGAAGUUGAAAUUCAAACUUUUUUCAUAUAUGUUCCCUUUUAUUUUGCAAUUAACUGUAAGAAUUUUUAAGGUAUUUCUUAAGCAUAGUUUUGCAUAAACCACCUAAACUGAGUAUUUUAAUUUUUUUUUGUAUAGAUUGAGUUCUCAAUCCAUCUGGGUAGAUAUUAAUCUGGACUUCAGAACCUAAUAAACUGGAUAUUAAUGCAUUUCUAUUUAGCUAUGGAUUCUUGAGUCAGGGCUGCCAGGUUUCUUUCCACAAGAGCUUUUUCCCCUUAAUACAUACAAAAACUCGCAUUUUUUUAUCUUGACCAUCUAAUUUAAAUAGUACAGUCAAAUGAUACAUGACUCUAUUAAAAGUCUAUCUCCAUACUUAUGAAUAAUUGUUUUUGACUGUAAAGACCUGUAACGAUCUGUGUAUGCUAAUUGCCAUGGGUUAGUUUAACCGUUGCCAAUUGUGCUAAAUAUAUUCUAAGCAAAGAAUUAUUGCACUUGCAUCUGAAUCCUAGAAACUUGUGUAAAGGAGGCCAUUCAGACCAUUGAAUCCAUGACGGCCAAUGAAGUGCUUUCUGGCUUUACUCCCCAUCCCUGCUUUUGGCCCCUAGUUUUGGCAAAUUAAGUGUUAGUACAAGAAUUCUUUUUAAAUGUGGGUUUUUCUGCCAUUACUGUACUUUGGGGCAAUGAAAAGAAAUUAUUCUCAACCACACUUUAAUUGUUUUCUAAUUACCUUUUACAUUUUUUGUUGUUCCUGUUGAGGGAAUUAGACUCUUCCUAUGCACCAUCAGGCUUUGAUUUUUAUACAUCAUUAUAUAUUGUUUGCAAAUUUCUUUAUUAUGUGGCAUUUAAUUGCAAGUCUUUAACAAACAUCACAGAAAGCAAGGGAUUUAUUUAGCUCUCUGGAAUCCCAAGGCAAAUAGCCUUCCAGUCAACAAAACAUCUGAGUAUUGAUUAUCCUUGGUUCCUCCCAGUGAUCCAAUUUUGGACUCAACUUGCCACUUCUACGUUGAAUCCCACUAGUUUUCAUAUUUUUGUCUGAGUUCUGAUGUUUAUAGACACUGACUAAAAGCUCUGAUUUGUCUCAUUAGCUUAGUCAUUGUCCUGCCUGAUGUGAUUCUGAAUCAUACAGGCAAACUAUCCUAGGUUUGAUCGCCAAAUUGACAGGACUCAACAAAGAUUAUGAAGGCAAAGUUGAAUGGACAAGUAUUGUUGCUGCUGUUUGUUAUCCAGUAAUUUCUGCUGGGUAAGUGUUCAUCUAGCUCGCUCAUGCCACCCCUGCCUCAUGAUUACCAGAGGUAUGUCAGAUGGAAAGCCGUGCAUAUCUUAGUUGGUGAAUAUUUUUACCGUAACCAAAGUAAUUAUUUAUCAAUAAAACUGUUUAAAUAAUGUGAAAACACUAUAAGAUUUGUAGUAUUGAGCUUUGUGUAAUAUCUAGUGCUACUGUCGUGGAAUAUAGCUAUGCAGUCCUGUACUUCUCACACAUCUCAGCAAUAUUUGUUGAUUAAAUUGAUCCAAAAGAAGUAAUGAAUAUUAGAUUUAAUUUUUGUUCCUAAUUUGGAAUGUGAUUUUUUUAAAAGUCGUAUUGUACAAGAAUACAGUCCUAGUGGUUUAACAAGUCAGCAGCAUGAAACUUGAAAUCUCAUUUGCUUGUUCUCAAGCUUCACAUCCAGGCCAAAGGUUAUAAAGUUGAGGGAUGUUUAAAUGAGAAAUUUAAAAUGAAUUUUCCUUGUAUAACCUUAAUACAACUAUUAAGUCACGGAUAGAGAAGAGAAAAAAUGCUAAGAUUCCUGCUCCAGACUCUUAACAGAAAACUCUUGCUUGAUCUGUAAAUUUAUGCACAUUAGUCCAAGACAGAUUUAUCUUUUUGCUGUGGUGUCAUGUACGAUCUCGAAGUUGUUGCCUGAGUGCACACACAAGGUAAUAAUGUGCCUGUAGAAAUUGUAGUUGGUAUCCGCCAAUCUCUUCAAAAGAACAAAAACUAUGCAUCUUCUCCUUGUACCCCAUCAUUUAAUUUAUCUUUGGAACCUGGCUGAGGCAUUGAGUAAAAUGCCAUGAUGUUGUGAUGCAAGCUGUAUGCAUUUGUUUGCCUUGGUGCCACGAGCUGCUUUCUAAUUUUCUCCACUUCCUAAAGUUGCAUACAAAGAUGAGUUAUUGUAUGGAACUUGGGAUGUUGGUAUUCUCUGAUCAGUUAUCCAUAUGGCCAAAUCACUUUGUGUAGCUAAUUUGGAGGUGAAUUUGCCUGAUUGAGAGGAUGCACAGGAGCACCCAAAGUCAUUGAGUAGCAAUUAAAAGAGAAGGGAAGUGUAAAUAGUUGGUCAAUAGCCUCCUAGACAUGACCACUUUUUUAAAAAAAAGUACAGCUUGAAUUCCAGUCACCAUUACAAAUGAAAUAAGUAGCAGUUAUGCAUUGGCUACUUGCUAAAUUGCCCAUAUUUACUGCUAACAUCAGUGGCACCUCCUUAUAAUAAAGGGAACUAAAUUUUUGAGAGUAUUGAGGAUUUGCCAUUAGUGCCAUGCACAUAAUUUCACCCUAUUGCACUUGAAAAAUUUGGAGUUCCAGUCUACUGGGCUCUUAACAAAGCCAGUAAAGUACCCUUGCAAAAUAUUUUUUUUAAAAUUCAAUGCUGGAAAUCUACAAUAAAAACAGAAAAUGCAGGAAACACCCAACCAGUUAGAUAACAUUUUGGGCCUAGGAUCCUUUAUGAAGGGUCUCAGACUUGAAAUAUUAAACUGUUUCUCUUUCCACUGAUGCUGCCUGACCUGCUGAGUGUUAUCAGCACUUUUUAUUUCCAUAAAGGACCCUAUCCUGCAGCUGUUAACGAUCUGUUAAUAUUAGAGUAUUGAUCAUUAGAUGGCAUAUAUAUAUUAAGGCAGGGUUGACGUGGAUCUUGUGAAACAGGCCUUCCAGUAUUAUCUGUUCCAAUUAUUGUGCCACCUUGAGUAUAUGAAAAUUUUUAACAAGAUAAUUUAUUCAUGCUUGAUAUAACAGUAGGGAAGGUCGGCAUAUCACAAAAAUAUGCUGGCAUUACCAUUUUUUUGUUAACCCUUCUCUGCAGCUUUGCAUUUAAGAUUUGUGAUAUUCUGGCAGCAAACUUCAUUACAAAUAGUAAAUCUUGGUAAUAUAGGGGCAGGCUAUUUGAAUUCCCAUGUUUGUUCUGAUUCUUUUGAAUGAUUAGCCUCACCUGCCUGCUUUAUUUUCCCCUAAAGACUUGUAAUUGUAGAAAUUGUGUCAUGUUAUGAUGCAAUAGCUCUCCCAAUUUUAAAUGUAUUAUUGUAAGAUGAUACAGUUUUAUUUGCAAGUGAACCAGAUGAGAUUCCACAUAAACAGGUGACAAUUCAAUUUCUUUUCCUCAGUCUCAUCUCAUGAAUUGCAAUGGUAGACUAUUCAUUUUACUUUCUUCACUGCAUAUGGGUUUUUGCUGUCUGACUUUUUGUACAAGGUGCACGAGUUGGGCAACAAUUUACUAAAAAAAAUUCUUGUUCUAAGUCGGUGAAACAAAACUGUACAGCAUAACUACAUGCAAAGGUUAAUCAGUUUUUCAAUGGUUUAUUCCAAAUAUUACAUGAUUAAUCUAAUUGUUAUUGACUUUUUUUGUGGCAAGUUUUGUCUUUAAAUUAUAAAAUAUCAAAUGUCCUUGUAUUUCAAAAAUAAAACAUUAAUUCCUUUGAAGCUGUUAAUUAAGGGUGAUUUAAUUUUUAUUUUGUUCAAGGAAAUACUGCAAGUAUAACAUGUAAUCUAAUUUAAUGGCAUCCUUAAUUAUUACAUCCUAAUUUUUUUGCAGAAUUAGUUUUAAUGUAUUUCCUGUACAUUAACAUGAGGGAUAUUGGAACAGUGUAGAUAGAACUUCUGUUUCAUGUACACCCAUUUAUCAAGAAGUCACUAUUAUUUCAGGUGUAAAAUGGUGGCAUGCAGAAUAAGGCUCUGAGUAAUUUCUCCUAGCAAUAUGCCUCAACACCAAUCUUGCAAGAGCAUUGCCUUAAUGUACCAGUGACAUUUUCCAACUUCUCAGACUGUGGGCACUGAUAUUGCCAGUUGAUGUUCACUUAUCUGCAGGUACAUGUACUUUGCACUCUGGAUUGAGACAGACAAAUUCUAUUUUCUGUAGAAUUUUUGCAGCUGGUUAACAAAAGUUAAAUGUCAUUGGAUUGACCUUUUAGACUUGAACAAUAAUCAAUGAUACUAUUAGACAUUUGUUAUAUUAAUGAGACAGCUUUCUUUUUGACCUACAUUGGUUUACAUUAAAUGUUUUAAUCUCUGCUAUGGUCAAAAUGUUUGUUUGAAAACUAGCUUGAUCAUUUUUUUCCAUUACACUACAUAAUUAAAGUAUAGAUAAAUUUUUGAGGGGGUGGGUGUUGCUGGGGUUACUGAAUGUACAUUGAGGUAAAAUGCAUGAAGAUGUUCCAAGCCUAUGGGAGGAGUCUGUUUUUACAUUUAAAUGUGAUGAUAUUAAACAAAAUUCUGGAAAUAUACAACUGGUAUGUCAACAACUGAAGAGAUGUGACUAUUUCUACACCAGUUCUGACAAGCUUUUACCUGUCUUAGCUCUUUACAAAUGCUGACUGACCUAUGCAUUUCCAUGUUUACUGUGUUUCCCUGAAAUUGCUAGCAUUUACAAACUUUAUUUUGAUACCAGUCUUACUUGCACACUUGGAUGUAAUAAAUACUGAUGCAUGCUUCCUGUUGUGCACGACAUGUAUAUGUUCCAACAGCAACAAAGAUCUUCGUGGUGUCUCUCUUGCAUAUGUAAUAAAUGUACUGAGGUGCCUUAAGGAUGUUUUGGGUUAGUCACAUCAAUAACACCAUUAUAGCUGUCAUCUCAGCCAGCACUGAAUACUGCAGGCAACCUCAUAAGCUUAUUGCAUGUAAAAGAUUUCUUCAACCCAAACAUCAAGGUGUCAUUGUAGCUGCACUCAUCAAAUGGGGCAAUGUGCUUAUUGGUGUAUUUGAUCUCUGUAUAUAUAUGGUGCUGUACAUAACUAUGGCCUCUGUAAAGUGUGGAGAAUGCAUUUUUUGUUUGGUUUUGUAAAUUGUAUUCCAAGUCUUUGAUAUCCAGCUGUCAUACUGCAAAUAUUUAUGGUCAAGUUACUUUUCCAUUUAUCAUUGCGCCUCAUGAUUGAUUUACACAGUACUGUGUACAGAGGAAAUAAAA